CUCUCCUCUCCACUCCUCCUUGUCUCUUGUUACGAUCCGUGCAGUCCUCCAGUCCAGAUUAUAUCUGUAACCGAAAAUUCCCCCAACAAAAUAUUUUAUAUCCCACAUUUCCACGCGCAACACCCUCAUCGAAACUCCACGACCCCUCUCAUCACUGAGCGUGCUUAACACGCUUCAUCAAUGCAUCUCAUUCACCAUCUUGACCAAACCAUUAUUAUAUUAUUAUUCUGAAAAGCUUUAAUGGCAUGGCGUGUGAGGACAACAUAACACUACGGUACACUCUCUCUGUGUAACCGUAUGUAUGUAUGUAUGUAUGUAUGUAUGUAUGUGAAUAAUGAAUCUCUUCAAUCUUUGCAUGCCUUACCAACUCUCUCAAAUGCAAAUGCGAUUUCAUUUCAGUCACCCAAAUCAUCAAUCUCUCUUUCUAGUUUGUCCUAUUUAGCUAGCCUCUUUCGUUUUUGUUUUCUUCUGUUUGAUGAUGGAAAACGUGAAGGAUGAAGGUGACCUUGAAAUGUUGUUGGGUGAGAUCCCUCACAAUCUCCUUCAUCUUUACGAUCACCGCCAGUUUCUGCCCAAACAGCCGGUGAAUGGCGGUGGUGUGUUUUAUGAUGAUGAUCCAUUAACUCAGAUUAAGUUUUCCGGUGGUUCGUCUUUGCAAUCUGAUGGCUCUUCUUCGAGCUUGUUUUCCGGUGGCUAUUCGUUUUCUGACACUGGAUCACCAACGCCGCCUCCUCUGGAGGAUUUUAAAUCCACCACCGGUAUCUCCUCCCAUCACGGUAACAGUUUCUGGUUGGAUUCUACUGUCACUGUGAGGGAGAAGGCUGGGGAGAGUUUGGUGGAUGAACUUGGCCUCUGUGCUAAUUUGAGUAAAAUGUGUAUUAACAAUCAACAACAACAGAUGAACAAGAAUCCGAAUGUGUUUCCAUCAUUCUGUGAUUCUUCUUUGAGUGGGAAUAAUCUGAUCAAUGUUCAUGUUCAUAACAAACAACACAGGGAUUUGGAUUAUAACAGUUUCAGGAGAGGGGCUUUUGAUUCUCUUGGAUUUCAAUCCCCUUUUCCGCGGAGUCCUAACAGCCUUGGCGCUGGCAUGAAUCCGGCAUUAUCAGGGUUAACCCAGGAUUUUGAAAUGGCUAAUUUAUUUGGAUCAUCACAACCAUGUCCCGCGCGGUACGAGUACGACGCGGUGCUGUCUCAGUUAAAUGGAUUUAGUGGUGGUUCAAUGGAUUCUCCAAGGCACAGGAGGCAGAUGAUGAAUCAGAAUAACCACUAUUGUAGAGGAAAUUUGGCACCGGAGUUUGUUCCACCCUUGAGCAGAAAUCCAAUAGUUGAUGAUGCUUCAAUUUAUGAUCAGAGAAAUGGAGUUAAUUUAAUGGGAGAAAGAGGUGCUUCAGUUUUUGCUCAGAGAAAUGGAGUUAAUUUAAUGGGAGAAAGGGGGGUGCCAAGAUUGCCUAAUUAUUCUCAUUGUACUAAUUUUAGGCCUCAUAUGAGUGUUCAUGAUUUACUGCAGCAUGGUCCUCCUCUGUCGAAUGCAAGAGUUGUGCCUCCUUGUAAUGCUAGAAUGAUCCCGCAGGCGAAUAUAGAUUCUAUUUCGAGUGAGGGGAGCUUCAUCAUACAAGGUGAAGGUCUAAGUUAUGUUGUAAACCGGGGUUCAGAUCGUUCAAGGUGUUCGAAUGCCGCGCGCCAAAAUGGCUUUGCUAAGCAUCUACAAAGGCCAGAGCUAGACAUCCAGCACCAGGCUUUCGGAGCCUAUGAAAAUCCGAGGAGUCCUAGGAUUGAUUCUCCAUUCCCUUCGCUACCCAAGUAUAAUUCCCUGGCAGAAGCUCGAGGGUGCGUGUAUUUAAUAGCCAAAGAUCAGCAUGGCUGUAGGUUCCUGCAAAGAGUGUUUGAGGAAGGUACACCGGAGGACGUUCAAGUGAUAUUUAAUGAGAUCAUUGAGCAUGUAGUGGAACUUAUGAUCAAUCCUUUUGGAAAUUACCUUAUGCAAAAGUUGUUGGAAGUUUGUAAUGAAGAACAGAGAUUGCAGAUUAUACUCAUGGUUACUCAGGAGCCAGGGCAACUUGUCAGAAUCUCUUUGAACACUCAUGGCACUCGAGUGGUACAGAAGCUGAUUGAGACUCUCAAAACUAGGCAGCAAAUUUCAUUAGUGGUAUCAGCUCUUGAACCAGGAUUCUUGGCUCUCAUCAAAGAUCUUAAUGGAAAUCACGUGGUUCAGCAUUGUUUGCAAUGCCUAAGCAAUGGAGAUAACAAGUUUAUAUUUGUUGCUGCUGCUAAGUAUUGUGCUGAGAUUGCAACUCAUCAACACGGUUGUUGUGUUCUGCAAAAGUGUAUUGGUCAUUCAAGUGGGGAGCAUAGAGAAAAGCUGGUUGGAGAAAUAUCUGCCAAUGCACUUCUGCUAGCUCAAGAUCAAUACGGAAAUUAUGUUGUUCAGUUCAUCUUGGACUUAAGGAUUCCAUCUGCCACCUCAACUAUAGUUUUGCUAUUUGAAGGUAAUUAUGUGCACCUGGCAAUGCAGAAGUUCAGUAGCCAUGUGGUCGAAAAAUGCCUGUCUGUAUUGGAUGAUGAGAGUCGGUCAAGAAUCAUUUACGAGCUGCUCUCUGCUCCUCACUUCGCACAGUUGCUUCAAGAUCCUCAUGCAAAUUAUGUUGUUCAAUCAGCACUAAAACAUUCCGAGGGCGAUGUGCAUAAUUCACUGGUUGAAGCAAUCGAGUCCCACAAAGCAAUUUCACGAAAUAGUCCCUAUUCCAAAAAGAUAUUCUCGCAGAAGCUUUUGAAGAAAUGAUGUAUAUUCUUCCCUUAGAAAGAAGUGUUCAUUUUGGGGCCUGCCACUGCAGUAAAAAUGCAUAUCAUGGUUAUUUAACUAUACAAAGGGGUCAAUCUUAUCCAUCUGCUCAGCUAAUUUGGAAAAGGAGAGAAAAACAAGGAGCAGACAAUUUUGUUGUCAUUUAUAUUCUAGACAUGCGAAUGUACUAUUUUGUUGUCUUGUAUCUCUACUUGUUGAAUUUUAUUAUCCUGUUAAUUAUGAUAUUCUCACUGGCUGAGAAUGUACAGUGUAUAGUGCUUAGAUGCUUGCUAUUACUGUAAAAUUACUACUAGGAAUCUUUGAUAAUAAUUUCCUAUGUUCUUUGCACAAGGGAACCAAUGACGCUGGUUCUUUAAUGUAUUUACUUUUACCAAGAUUCCCUGUUUGUUCUUUGAUUAGAAUCUCAUUUCUUGACAUUCUUCCUCCCCUGUGGAGGUGUUGAUUCUGCAGUGGUUUU